UUAUACGAUUAGCUUAAUCAAAGAAUGGGGUCUUAAUAUUCUGGUGAAGGACUUCUUGAUGUUCUGCGUCUGUUGUUGGUCGAAGGUCAGCAUUUAAAUGACAAGUGUUUUCAUCCAGUGCUUAUUCUGAACUCACUGAUACGAAAAGCCUUGGAAAUCUGUGAGAGCUCAAUGAGUCAAAGUCAUUCACUGACUUCCCUGCUGUCAUCGCAGCCCGGCGAUACAUUUGCACACUUCCUUUAAUUGUCACCAUCCGGACUGUGGUUGGAAGAACAUUUCAGUCGCCAGCGUGCCGUUCAUCACAGGUGUCCUCUGAGGCUCCGCCUCUCCCGGUUGCCCCGGAGAUCACCUGCGAUCACUCACUGGUCAUCUGUAUACAGAACUGGUGUGUGUGAGCUGGAAGCGUUGCCCACGAUGACAAGUCUGAUCUUUCACGCAUCUCCUUCCAGUUCCUAGUCAAUGACAUCACCUUCAAGGAAUCGCCCCCCUCAUUUUUAAUCACUUCACCUGUUGACAGUGGCGUGAUGGGAGAGUCGCAGGUUUCUCCUUUGUUGCCUUGAACACCCGGCGGAGCGUUGGGGUGGAUGCAGAGGAGGAAAACGGGCACGGCCUGCGGACGUCUGUGAGCCGCCCCGACAACAAAGCAGGGAGGGAAUAGGCAGAAAGGAAGGAGUUAAAUUCUAAAGACACCCUGGACAACCUGGUCAGACUAGCUCAGUGACUUUGUGUGCGUCGCGUGCUAUAAAAGGAGACAGAACAGGUGAUUGAGACAGAAACAAGGAGCCGCGAACACAAACCAACGAGCAACUUCUCCAGCUACUCUGCGAGCGAUGGCUGACGUAUCCCAAUACUUAGUCAGUCACCUGGUCACGUUCUCGCUGCAAGAGGACGAAGUCCGCGACGUGGAGGAGGCCCUGUCACGCCUCUCUCACCUGGCCCAUACCGAUCGCCUCUGGAGUCAGCAGAUGCUGGUGGAAGUGAGCUGGGAUGCAGUGAGGCUGAGGGAUGCUCAGAACCAGGACGAGCUGGAGGUGUAUCCCGUGUCCUCCAUCCACCGAUGUGACGCCAUCCUCACCGAGAAGCAGUUUCCUUCCCUCCUUCUGCUCGUGUGCCAAAGCGGAGCUCAGAAGAAACCUGACAUUCUCUUCUUCAGCUGUGAGAAUGAGAGGCAGGCGGAGCUCAUCCGAGAGGACAUCGUCGGCACCGUGUCCUAUUACACAUCCAAGACGAGCAAGCGCCCGGAGUUUUUAAGCACCAUCAGGACACAGGACCGACAAACCAUGAUGGCUCUGCCGGGAAUUCGAAAUCCCUCAGUGCCACACGCCUCGAACCCUGCCCUGGCCCACCCUCCUCCAUAUCCAGGAAGCAAAGUGAACGGAUCCAGGGUCAAUAAUCCGGACAUUUCUCUCCAGCAAGCCGAAAGAGAAGUGGAGAUCCUGAACCACUGCUUCAGCGACAUCGAGCUCUUCAUGGGAAGGUUGCAGAAAUCAGCCGAAACCCAAACCCAAACCCAUACUGUGCUCAACCAGAAGAGCAAGAAGAAGAAGAAGAAGAAGAGCCGGAAGAAAGGUGGAGAAGCAGAUGACUUAAUCGCCCUGAGAGCUCAACCUCCGAAAGAUGACGACUUUGUCAGCAUCUUUCAGAAGUUCAAGUACUGCUUCUGUCUCCUGGACCGGUUGAAAUCCUUCAUCACCAACCCCAGCUCUGAGGAGCUCCUGCACCAUCUCUUUCGACCACUGGAUGUGCUGGUGAGAACCACCGGGGGCCCGGCGUCGGCCGCCGCGGUGUCCAGCCCCGCCAUGACGAACGGCGCCAUCACGCUUCUCCAGGACAACCUGACCGCAGAAGAGAAGCAGCUGUGGACCUCGCUGGGGCCCAACUGGAUGCUUCCUCGCUCCCUGCUGCCCGGCUCCGGCUCCACGAUGGAGUACAUGCCCAUCUUCCAGGACGGCUGGAAGCCCGAGCUGCUCAACCCGCACAGACAGCUGUGGGAGGAUCCCGUACAGGCUCAACACAAACUGGAGGCCCUGAAGGACAAGAAGGAGGUUGUUAGUCGGCUCUCCGUCAUGUCCAGGUCUCCAGUACGUGCCGCCGAUGAAAUGGACAGCAAAGCUCCCCCCGCAGGAGGAGACCAGCUGUACCGCUGCACCUACGACUUUGUGGCUCGGAACAGCAGCGAGCUCUCAGUUCUACAAGGAGAGACACUGGAGGUCGUCGAGUCAUCAAAGCGCUGGUGGAAGUGUCGCAACCGCUUCGACCAGGUCGGCUUCGUGCCCUUCAACAUCCUGGAGCCGCUGUCGGGCCCCAGCGAAGCACACGCACCGAGCCCUGGAGCACCGCAGCAAUCGAAGAUAGACGGCAACUCGAUGAGCAGGCCCUUCUCCUACAGCACCCCGAGCCUCCUGCCCCUGAACCCGGACCCCCCAGCUCUGCGGCCCUCCAGCAUGCCCCCGGACGCCACACACACUUUGCCCGGAGACAACACAGACAGAGUGAUAAUGAUGAACGAUGAGCUCUUACAGAGGCUGGCGAACGGGAAGAGCAACACGAGCCGUUCGCUGGUCAUCCCUCGAUCAUUUGACACCGCUGCUCCUCUGAACUACAGCUCCCCCCCUGCCGAGGUGGAGGAGUGGCUGAGGGGGAAGGGCUUCAGUGAGGCGACUGUGCGCUGCCUGGGAAUCUUGACUGGAGCUCAGCUCUUCUCCCUCAACAAAGAGGAGCUGCGCUCUGUUGUGUCUGACGAGGGCGCUAGAGUCUACAGUCAGAUCAUGGUGCAGAAGGCCUUGCUGGAGGAUGUUCACAAGGCCACGGAGCUGGAGACAGUGAUGGAGAAACAGAAGAUGAAGGUGGACCUGAAACAGGAGAGCACCACAUUCUGACCAAUAACCCCAGCAUUACACCCCCCCCCCCCACUACCUAAUUUCUACACACAGAGUUCCACCCUAGUCUUCAAAACCUGGGAUUAUGCUUUAAUAACUGCAAUAGGCAAAACAUGGGAGUGCUGCCAAAGCAAAGUGAAGCUUAAUAGUGUUGCUAUUUAACAUACAGGCCUUUAAGUGAUUUUU